CCAAAGCUACGCCGUGUCGUCAUCAGCGAGCGCCGUAGUCAACAUGGCAGCUUAUUUCUGUUGUUUUUGUUGUUGAAAUGUUCGCGUUAACGCAGUGUAGGUUUUAUUAAAAGUAUCCCGCGAUUCUCUGCAGAAUGGCUGACGAGGAGCAGGACAAGGAGCAGGAGCAGGAGAAGGAGCAGGAGCAGGAGAAGGAGCAGGAGAAGGGUGAAGGGCGGAACUUCUUCAUGGCUUACAGCGACAGCGAGCUGAGCGACAGCAGCGACAGCGACUCGGACGACGGAGAGCAGAAAUCAUCCCAGAAGAAGUCGAAGAAAAGCGGCGCUUCUGAGGGAAAGGCUGCAUCAUCAGGUGGAGAGGUGAAAAGUGGAAGUGCAGUUCACUUACCCAAACCAGAUGAGCUUUUCAGGUCUGUGUCCAAGCCUGCUUUCCUUUACAACCCGCUGAAUAAACAGAUCGACUGGGAGAGCCGCAUCGUUAAAGCUCCCGAAGAGCCUCCUAAGGAGUUCAAGGUGUGGAAGAGCAACGCAGUUCCUCCUCCCCAGAGUUACGAGGUGAAGGAGAAGAAAGGUCCGCCUCCCGGCAUGGAUAUGGCCAUAAAGUGGUCCAGCGUGUACGAGGACAACGGAGACGACGCUCCUCACCGACAAACGGAGCACGCUCGGUUCCUACCUGACAAUGAGCUAGAGCAAUCUGAUGAUGAUGAUGACGAUGAGGAAACGGCAGAGAAGAAGACCAUGUCGGCUAAGAAGCGCAGAGUGGAGACAUUCCAGCAGAAGGAAAAGAGGAAGCGGGAUCUGGGACAAGCCACAUCUGAUAAAAACUUUGUAGAGGAGGAAAAGAGGAUCUUGAGGCAGUGUAUUGAGUGAGAGAGGAGUCGAGCCUCGGAGAUGUUCAGAGAUGAAUCGGAGGAAAGUCUGCUUGCUCGUAGAGAACUGAGAACUCACUGGGGGGUUUAUGGGUGUUUUAUGUCGAACUAUCUAGGCACAUGUGUCUAUAAUCAGUAUAUCAGACAAUAUGUAGUGAAUGAAACACUUUGGGACGUGUUGUUAUAGAGAAAUAAUAACGUUGUGAUGAAGCUGAGUUACUGUUACCACCCAUCAUCUGAUUACUUUCCCAUAACACCAUGUAACAAAGUGGUUUAUUCCUCUUGUACUGCAGCAAUUUGCUUUUUAAAAUAAACACAUUGUCAGAAUUUUGUGUUAUGUUUGUUCUGAAUGAUUUCAAAUCAGUUGUAAAAGAUUAAACUGAAUCAGAUUGAGAGUCAGUGUUGUUUCUCAGCUGUUAGCUUUAUCUGUACACCAAAUUUUUGCUUCCUCAAAGAUAAAAGUGAAAUGAGAAAUUUAAG